CAAAACGUUUUGUAAGCGAUUUCGUGCCCCUUCCGCGUGCGGGCGAGCGACCUUCUCCCCCUUCCCCUUCCCUGCCGGUGGCAGCGACCGAGGCAGCCGUCGGAGCGGACGGGGCGCGCGUCGCCGAGUUUGCUCGGAUCCCCCGAAGCGCGCGCGGUUCCGGCGGGCCAUGGGCACGCCGGAGUUCCCUGACCUGGGGCGGCACUGCAGCGUCGGCGACUGCCACCAGAUCGAUUUCCUCCCCUUCACCUGCGACAGAUGCGACUUCGUCUUUUGCCUUCAGCACCGAAGUCAUACAUCACAUAAGUGUCCAAAGGCUAAUAACAAGGAUGUCACUGUCGUCGUCUGCCCACUAUGUGCUAAAGGAGUUCGCCUGAAUCCAAAUGAAGAUGCAAACAUCACCUGGGAGUCUCAUGUUAAUACUGAUUGUGAUCCAUCAAAUUACCAGAGAGCAACAAAGAAAAAGAAAUGCCCAGUUCCUGGGUGCAGAGAACAGCUGACAUUUUCGAACACAAUCAUGUGCAAAGAUUGUAGCAAAGAGCACUGCCUCAAGCACAGAUUUGGUCCUGAUCACAAGUGCCCGGGCCCAAGAAAACCGGAACCUACCUUCCCCUUUGCCAACAUGCUAAGAAGAAGUCAGAAAGUUGAACCACGCGCAAACAGCAGUGGCAGUGGUUCUUCCUGGUGGAGCUCCAGCCUUUUGAAUGCAGCAUCAAGUUUCAGAUCAUCAGCAGAAGCAGGAAUGCAGAAACUGAGCAUUGCCACCAGCGAAGCCGUCCAGAAGGCUAAGGAUGGGGUCACCCCGAGCAGCAGUGGUGGUGGCCUCGUGGAGCAAUGUGUUCAGUGUCCAGCAAGGUUUUCCACUGUUGGGGCCCUAAUCGAGCACGCCGAGAAAUCCCAUGGGAACAACUCGCAACCGAGCCGUGGCAAAGUGACGAUUGAUGCUUGCCCCAAAUGUAGCAAGGGAUUUCAAGAUCCGGUGUUACUAGUGGAGCAUGUUGAGAGGGAACAUGGAGGAACUUCAAAAGCAUAAACCUGCCCGUGAGUCAUUUCACAUGAGUAUGUUAUAUGCCUGAUUGCUGAGUAAUUUACUCCUCGUUUACUCGAUUUGAUUGUACUCUAGUGAGCUCUGGGCUCGAAUUGUGCACAUGAAAGAAAGUCUUAUCUCAACCCAAGCCAUUGUCAAUUGAA